CGUAAUCGACGACGGAGAGAUCAUGAGCACCGUCGGAGGUCUAGAGCAGCUGAUACCUGAUUCCGUAUCGACGUCGUUCAUCGAGACGGUGAAUGGUUCGCACCAGUUUACGAUUAAAGGUUACUCUCUAGCCAAAGGCAUGAGCCCUGGGAAGUUUAUACAGAGCGAUGUUUUCUCCGUCGGUGGAUACGAUUGGGCGAUUUACUUCUAUCCUGACGGGAAGAACCCGGAGGACCAGUCCUUGUAUAUCUCUUUGUUCAUCGCUUUAGCGAGUGAUUCUAAUGAUAUUAGGGCUUUGUUUGAGCUGACGCUUAUGGAUCAGAGUGGGAAAGGGAAGCAUAAGGUGCAUAGUCAUUUUGAUCGGGCGCUUGAAGGUGGACCUUAUACGCUCAAGUAUAAAGGAAGCAUGUGGGGUUACAAACGCUUUUUCAGACGAUCAGCUUUAGAAACAUCUGACUACUUAAAGGAUGAUUGUCUUGUCAUCAAUUGUACUGUUGGUGUUGUUAGAGCCCGACUUGAGGGUCCAAAACAGUAUGGCAUUGUGCUACCCCUGUCGAAUAUGGGUCAGGGAUUGAAAGACUUAUUAGAUUCUGAGGUUGGUUGUGACAUAGCUUUCCAAGUCGGAGAUGAAACAUACAAAGCUCACAAAUUGAUUCUCGCGGCACGCUCCCCAGUUUUUAGAGCUCAGUUUUUUGGACCAAUUGGGAAUAACAAUGUGGAUAGAAUAGUGAUAGACGACAUUGAACCUUCUAUCUUCAAGGCUAUGCUUAGCUUCAUCUACACCGAUGUACUUCCUGAUGUGCAUGAAAUUACUGGGUCAACUUCUGCCAGUUCGUUCACAAACAUGAUACAACAUCUCUUGGCAGCUGCUGACCUUUAUGACCUUGCAAGGUUAAAGAUAUUAUGUGAAGUUUUGCUAUGCGAAAAACUCGAUGUUGAUAAUGUGGCAACAACACUUGCGCUGGCUGAACAACACCAAUUCUUACAGCUCAAAGCGUUCUGCUUAAAAUUUGUUGCAUCUCCAGCAAACUUGGGAGCUGUGAUGAAGUCUGAAGGGUUCAAGCACUUGAAACAGAGCUGUCCCACUUUGUUGUCUGAGUUGCUGAACACUGUUGCAGCAGGAGACAAGAGCUCGACGAGCGGACAAUCGAACAAGAAAAGAAGUGCUAGCAGUGUAUUAGGGUGUGACACUACAAAUGUGAGGCAAGUGAGGAGGAGGACAUAGCACAUAGGAUCGAUCCAAAUGCUAGUAGUAAGCAUUUCCUUGCGCCUUGUUUUGACCCGUUUGAUAUGAACUAUGAUGCUACUUUACUGAUCUGGAAGCAAAGCAUACACCAAGUUUGUAUUUGCUAAACCAUUUUAUUGUAAUGAAUAAUUGUUCGUAGUAUGUCAACGGUAGUGUAAAGCUUUAGGCAAUAGACAUCUCUCUUUACUUCUCAGUAAGUACCUUGUCCCUAAUUGGUCUUUGAAUUCUCUUCAGUUUUGGAGUUGUUUGUGUGUUUAUAAAAAGCUUUGAAAUUU